UAAGCCCGCCUCCUCCCCAGCUGCAGGUCAUCUGACGGGGACACUUCCACGGCGCUGUUUUCGAGCGUACCCUCACCGAGCAGAGGAAACGGGCUGUAGGGUUAGCUCCCGGUAGCUCCGGUGUCAUAUAAGUUACAGCAGUGUUCUCUCUGGUGACGAAGACGCAUAACAACGCGAGGAUACGAAUGUCAAGAUCAACCGGGGCUACCGGAAACCGGUGUUGUUGUGUGGCGGGAAGCCCGUUUGUUUUUUAGGGUUACCGUUAGCAGCUAGCGAGCAGCGCGCUUCUCUCAGUCGGUAACCGGGAGUUAGCUUCGGGAGGAGACGGCUAACCGCCGCCCUGUAAAGUACAUCUUUACCGGCGCUGUCUCACGUGAUGGACCGAGGAGCUAACUCGUAAAUUCGCAGGAUGCACUAGCGGAUGUAGCCUGACGUCAGUAGUUAGCAUUGGGCCCGAGUGCCAGAGCACUUCCUUCCUUUCCUCCUUCCUAGCUGGCAGAGGAGUGUCAGACCUCUUCUUCCAUGAUCACAAUGGAGUCAACCCUCAACCCUCUGUCCCAGUUCUCAGAAAACUCUUAUAAAAUGACUGAGGAGGACGUGAAGCGGCUGAUUGAGUUCAGGGCGUCCAACGAGGCUCUGUUCACCGGGAAGAGGAACUCUGCCAAGAUCGCAUGGAGAGCCAUCCUGUACGAGCUGGGACUGCAGGGGAAGCUGACCACGGAUCAGCUGGCCAAGAAGUGGGACAACCUGAAGAGGCGGUACAAGGAGCUGAAGUUUCCUGCUCGCGGCGUGGAGACCAACCCCAGCUCCUGGCCCUGGUUCUACCGAAUGAACGACGCAAUGGAGGGCCGCUCUGCUGGGGCGGCGCCCAUCCUCACGCCCAUUGUGGAGGACGAGGACGAGGACUGCGAGCCGCUGUCGCCGACGCCCAGGAAGCGAGCGCGCCGCAGUCGGGGGGGGAUGGCCGAGUUCCUGACUGAGUCAGAGAUGGAUCUGCUGGUGGACCACGAGGACAAGAACGGGGCGGCGUCUCUUGGGGAGCUGCAGCGGAUGGCCGAGUUCACUUACAAACUGACUGAGGACGACACCCGGCGACUGAUCGAGCUACGAGCCACUAACGAGUCGCUGUUCACUGGGAGGAGGAACACGGCCAAACCCGGUUUGGGAGGUAUCCGGACCAGCCAUCAGGGCAUUGUGAAGGAGAUGGGCCUCACAGGGAAGAUAACACCUGACCAGGUCGCCAAGAAGUGGGAUAACCUGAAGACCAAGUUCAAGGACCUAAAGUUCCCCCCUCGCGGCAUGGAGGGGCAGACCAACCCGGCCUCCUGGCCGUGGUUCCAGCUGAUGAACGAGGCCCUGGAGGGGCGGCUGGCGGGCAAAGCCCCUCGAGUGGCGCCCGUGUGGAGCAGCGAGGAGGACGGCGUCUUCGUCGCGUCCCCCCCUCACCCCCCCGACAGAGACUGUCUGCUGGUGGAGAGGAGCAGUGUGUCGGAGCUAGAGAGCCUGGGGGGGGGCGAGGGGAAUGUGACCUACAUCGACGCCAGCGGGGAGGAGUGCUCCACGCCCUCCGACCUCUCCUACAAAAUGACGGACCAGGACACCAGGAGGAUGAUCCAACUACGAUCUGCUAACGAGGGUCUCUUCACCGGGAGAAGGAACGCUGCCAAAGCUGCCUGGAAAGCCAUCCUGAAGGAGCUGGGGCUGGGCGGGAAAGUCUCCACCUAUCAGAUGGCGAAGAAGUGGGACAACCUGAAGAGAAGAUACAAGGACCUAAAGUUUCCUCCUGUGGGCAUGGAGAUAGUAGCAGACAGCACCUCCUCCUGGCCGUGGUUCCACCUGAUGAAUGAAGCUAUGGAGGGCCGCCUGACAAACAGCGCCCCCCUCCUCACCCCUGUCACUCAGGGCGACGAGCAGCAGCCCUCCCCCCGACACAAGUCCCGCCACGCCCCUACCCCGCCCACCACCACCACCUCCUCCUUGGACUAUGGACAGCAGGCCUUUGGCGAUGCAGGCGAGCAGAACAAGUGCGGCCCGGAGGAGGAGAGUGACGGGCCGUUGGGAGGACUGGAGAGGGAGAGGAUGGAGAGGGAGAGGGAGGCGGUGGAGAGGGAGUGGGAGGCGGUGGAGAGGGAGAGAGAGGCGGUGCAGUCAGAGCGGCUGUGGCUGGAGAGGGAGAGGGCGGCGGUGGAGCGGGACCGGGCGGCGGUGGAGCGGGACCGGGCCAUGUUGGAGCAGGAGAGGGCCUCGUUGGGCCGGGACCGGGAGGUUCUGGACCAGCGGACCCUGAUGCUGAACUCUGUAGGACACUCUGGACACCUCAACGCCCUCAUGUAGACAGCACUCUUCUUGGAGGGGGGGAGGGUCACAACACAGGCACCCUGGUCCGUGGUGGAUAUCGUCGAUGGACGCUAAGAACCGGGACGGACGUGGUGGGUUUGCACACAGAGCUGGUCCUGGUUCCAACAGGAGAGCUGCACCUUGAUCAUCCGACCUGGUCCUCCUGCGUCGGGGUCUCGGGUAGGACAUUUCUUGGGGGCUGGGAAGUUAAGCCACGGAGACCGGUUUUAUUCUGAGGAGGCGGAGCCUGUUUAUCCUGAGCUUUCUGUUGCCCGGUGACGAGCGAAAAGCUGACGAGUCAACCGCAAGGGUCUACAGGAGUUUCUGUCGUCAUGGAAACCGAGGAACGUCCUCUGGACAGUUUAGGAACACGGCGGAUGUCCAUGCAGCUCUUCCUGUCAACACUUCCGCGUGACCAAACAGAUGAGCUGAACCACAUUCAUGGGUUCAUUUGGGCUCCACCCACAUUUUGUAUUUAUUUUUGUCCUUUUGUAUUGUGUCUAUUUAAGAGGCGACCUCUCGUGACCUCACUUCCUGCCGUUCUGAACGUUUGACAUAAAUGUGUUUUUAGGACGAAGUGACUUUUCUGUUAAGAGAUUAAAAAGCUUCAUCGUGAUGUUUUUUUUGCUGAUCUCUGGUGGUGCGUUCAGGUGCUCCCUGAGUUCAAAGUCAUUGGUGAGCAUUUAGAAUCAGAAGCCAUUUAUUGCCACAUAGGAGGAGUCUUAUCGCUGAGCUACUGAGGUGCAUCUACCUCUGGAAUGACCUGGACGAGUCCUGCACAUUGCUGCUGUUUAGAAAACUCUGGUAGGGUUUAGAAUCAAUUUAUUCCACUUUGACACGCAACACUUCCUUGUAGGUAUCCACAUCCGGUUUAGUGGUGAAAACCUUUUGCCGUUCCAGGGUCAAACAUGGUGUAUCCAGGACCUAAAUCCUCAAUCUCAUCAGUGUCUAGUGGAGCAGUGCACGAACAAGGCAACGCUCUUACAGUGCAAUAUAAGAUGCAAAUAUAAAAGAUGUUUCCUAAUUAUUCAUUCAAAUGUCGCCUUACUGGACUUGUUUAAUUACUUUUGUAGCUGGUCAGCGAGAGAGAGAGUAACGAUGAUGAAAGCUCCUUUGAAAUAAGGAGCUCCAAUUCUUCCUUUCCUUAUCUCCUUAUGCUGUUGCACCAUGCAAUGUUGUUGGUGAAUGUGAGCAAAUGGAGAUUAUGCUUUAGUUUAUUUUCAUAUGUAUUGUAAAUGUGUAAGAAGAUUAAAUGAAACCGAACAAGAAGCAUCCUAUCACAGAGGAACGGUUUGAGGACACAAAACAAACCACUAUGGAUUUAAAGACUUCUUGUGACUGAUUUUUGAGUUUGAAUUGUUUCUUUGACUCAUCUAUUCUUGCACCUUUUGCAAUAUUUCACUUAUUAUAGACUUAAGGCAGGUUUUGUAAAAAAUUAACUUGAUUUCCUUUUAUGAUUUUCUAUGACUUUUGGGAAAAAUAUGACUUUUGGGGAUUUUCACGUGUGAAAAUUUUUCCUUUGUGGGGUUGACUUGUGACUUCAUAACAUUAUGAACUUCAAUGACUUUUAAACACGACAUGCAACAGUAAAGUAACAAAUUACAUUCA